AUGGGUUCAGUUUUUGACUUGCAAGGGUUUGUUAAACGAAUGAAGGCCUUAAAGAAAAAAUUCGACCGGUUUCACGAUCAUGUGUUUGAUGAACACAGGGCAAAGAAGGAAGGAGUUAAAGAUUUUGUGCCAAAGGACAUGGUGGACUUACUGUUGCAGCUGGCUGAAGAUCCUGAUAUUGAAGUUAAGCUCAAUUAUGACAGUGUCAAGGGAUUCACUCAGGAUUUAAUAGCAGGAGGAACUGAUACCUCUGCAACCACUGUGGAGUGGGCAAUGUCUGAGCUCAUGAAACAACCACACCUCAUCGAAAAGGCAACCGAAGAGCUCGACAGAGUGAUUGGGAGAGGGAGAUGGGUAGAAGAGAAAGACAUCCCACAACUUCCUUACAUAGAUGCAAUUAUGAAAGAGACAAUGAGGAAGCACCCAGUUGCUGUAAUGCUAGCUCCACAUCUAGCUCUUGAAGAUUGCAAUGUGGGAGGUUAUGAUAUUUGCAAAGGAACUAGAGUGUUCAUAAACACAUGGAGCAUGGGGAGAGAUCCUUCACAAUGGGAUGCACCAGAUGAGUUCAACCCGAUAGAUUCUUAG